UAAACCCUAAUCAUUCGCCUUUAUAUACCAAACGAGAUGUAGAUCUAGCCGUCAUGUAGAUGAUUUCUCACAACUGAGUGUGAGUCGGUUGUUCAAGCAAGUCGAUCUCAUCGAUCUUUCUUCAUGGAGAUUGUGUGUAUUGAUUUUGUGGUGGAAUCUCAUAUGAAUUCGUGCUUUGAAAUGGAUCUAAUUGAUGAAAUACUAGAUGGUUCGGUCGUGAUUUCUCUGUUUAAAAAUUUGGUAACUUACCACAACAAGAACCGGCAGGCACCUGCAACAGGCACUAUGUCUUCAUCGAGCGGGGUUUCAGACCUAGUGGCAGUAGACGCUGACGACCCGAUGUACACUGAUUCAGAGGUUCAUACAUCAGAUACAGACAGCACUGACGAGGAUGCAUUCCAGCCUUUUGCUAUACUCGAUUUUGGGGAUGACAUACCUCAUGCUGAUGGUGUUCCUGCCGGGGAUCUACCUCUUGUGGAGAUCCCUGCUCCUGUUCCACACGUUGCAUUUCCUGCAGAGGAUUUGCCACCCGAUGUUGAGUCCGAUGACGACCUCGAUCUAUUCGAGGGUCCCCCUGAGGAUCACCAUGAGGGCGGGGCCCAGAUUGCAGACGAUGUCGCUUUUCCGUUAGUUGAGAUUCCUGAUGAGGAGGCCCAUUCUGAUUCGUUGAUUCCUGAUUCUCCUGAGUCGGUAGCUUCCUCUGUUCCACCACCUAUUCAGGCUGAUAUACCCGCUGAGCCUGAUGUUGUUGCUCCUUUUCCUGACCCGGUGCCUCUAGAGCCCGACCAUGCACUAUUUGCGGCUCAUGUCGACCCUCAGUAUGCUGACACCCGGAAUGGGUGGAUAGAGGCUGAUGAUGAUGUUCCACCUUUUGUAGUACCGGUUGCACCAGCUUUAUCUCCUUUUGAUGCACCCUUGUUCCCCACACACACUGCUGAUGCGCAUCGCACGGAUCUGCCCAUCACAUUUCUCCAGGAGAUCCCUCCGCCGCGUCCUGGAGAGGGCCCCUCUCAUCAGCCAUUUGGCCAUGCACCUUUUCUGACCGGAGGGGAUCAGUUUGCACCGCAAAUCCCUUAGCAUACUGUUGUUCCCCCUGUUCCACCGUUCACUGUACCACCUUUUACUCCACCCAGCGGGCCAUUUCUCUGGACCACAUCAUCCAUCAUGCCGCCGACAGAUCCAUAUCAUCCCUAUUAUGUCGGGCCUACUACGGAGGAUGUCCUCGUUUCAUUCAUGCUACAGCAUGACGCGCUGACACGUCGUGUCCAGGUCUUGGAGCAGCAGAUAGAGUGUCUGUCGCGUUCUCACCACGCCAUGGAGGAGGAUUGGCUCCUCAUGCGCAGUUUGUUCUAUUUUCAUUUUCCUCCUCCACCACCAGCAGCAUGAGGGCUCUUUUGGUUGAUGCAGGUACCACCACUUUUGAUGAGAAGACGGCGAUUAAGUCGGCUACAUAGCUUUUUGAAGACCACCUGACGAUUAUGACUUUUGAUGUUUGGUAUUUGUAUAUGUUUAGACGUUUCGGGCAAGGGCGUUGUGACCCUUGGCCCCUUUUGGAUGUAUGUUACAUUUUGUGGAACUUGUAAACAUUGUAAUCGUGGUCUUGGUUAUAUGAAGCUUAAUCGCAGUAUUCUCAUUA